UGUGAGUGGCAACGCCAAGCACAUUUAUACAUCCGGUUAAAAAUCUGUCUCAUUGUUCUAUCUGCAUUUCAAGAGUGAAAGUAAGAGCAGUACAGACAGACAGAUCAAGUUUAGAUAAUACGACUUUUGAUCUGGUAUUUGACGACCCUCUCAUCCAAACCUGAUGUUUGUGACUACUUUGUUUAUUUUCUGUCUUGGUUGACGUCGUGACAAUAUUGUGCGGGUCAGUGAAAUACAGUCAGUCAAUGAACAGACAAAUUCAUGCAGAUUAUUAUUGUUAAACCAAUCAAUAUUUGCAUUGUGUAAUGCAAUUUGACCUUUACUUUAUCAGUUAAUUGUGUAUUGUUGUGACAAGAAAGAACUGUUGUGACAGUAACCAAUAAAAACAAAUAGAUACAUUUAUUUUUGUCAGAGCAAAAGAGUGUUGGCUGAUUAUGCUUUGAAAAUGACCCCCGACUAACAGGCUGUGCAUACUUACACUUUCACUUUCUGAUUACUGGAAGAGCAGUACAGACAGACAGAUCAGGUUAAGAUAAUACAACUUUUGAUCUGGUAUUUGACGACCCUCUCAUCCAAACCGGAUGUUUGUGACUAGUUUGUUUAUUUUCUGUCUUGGUUGACAUCGUGACAAUAUUGUGCGUAACAGGUGAUCCUGUCUGUGUCGCUCUGCAGGGUCAGUGAAAUACAGUCAGUCAUGAACAAUGAGGUGGAAAUCUUAGCACCUUUAAGUAGGCCUCAAGAGGACCUCUUGUCAGAUGCAAUGGGCAACUACUCAGCCACAGGAGGAGAGCCAAACACACUUCCUACAGACGUUAACAAAGACCCUAACAUUCAAGAAUCAAUUCAAGAUGUAAACAAACUUCCCAAAGACAGCGAGAAAUCAUCUGAGCUUCCAAGCAAGGUUGUCAUUAAGGUGGGGAAUGCAGACGACAUAGAGACCUAUGAGCAGAAUACCAUCCAGCAGGAACCUCCAAAAGAGUCGAAGAUGAAGAAGUUCUUCACCAUUCUGACUGGGAAUACUCUGGGGUCUCAUGAGGAAAUAAAUCGCCAGCUCACUAAAAAUGGUUUAACUAAGGUGAUGUCAUCAGCGGAGAGUGAUGUCAUCAUGGCUUUCUGUCCCAUCGUCUCUCGUGCUGGGACUGAUAUUGAAGCAGCACUGCAGCAGAUUCCUGAUGGUAAACCUGUCAUUCUGGUAGUACUGCAUCACACCUUCAACCCAGACUACACUGUACCUGACAGCAGCAGACUAGUGACCAGAAGUGAUGUAAUACUCACAGUGGACUGUCUCUUCCAUGAGAGCCAGGGACUAUUGGAGUGUCAUCACAAUGAAGCAGCAGUCACAGAGAUUGUGAACAUAAUACCGCCAAUGAAUGACUGGGAGAUUAUUGAACACAGUGAAGCCAGUGAAGCCCUUGAGCAGAAAAACCUGGAGCAGGAUUCUCGAAAAGAGCCAAGGAUAGCUCUACUAGUUAUUGUAGCUGGGAAUACUCUGGGGUCUCAUGAGGGCAUAACACUGCAACUAACCACAACCAGUACCGUAACUGAGGUGAAAUCACCAGAGGAGAGUGAUUUCAUCAUGGUUUUCUGUCCCAUCGUCUCUCGUGCUGGGACUGAUAUUGAAGCAGCACUGCAGCAGAUUCCAGUUGGUAAACCUGUCAUUCUGGUAGUACUGCAUCACACCUUCAUCCCAGACUACACUGUACCUGACAGCAGCAGACUAGUGACCAGAGGUGAUGUAAUACUCACAGUGGACUGUCUCUUCCAUGAGAGCCAGGGACUAUUGGAGUGUCAUCGCAAUGAAGCAGCAGUCAAAGAGAUUCUGAAGAAGCUUAAUAUACAUCCUGAGAUUGCAGUUUCUUCCUUUGACCCUCGUAUCAUUUGGCAGUUCUCAGCUGUUUACCAAUUGUUUAAGUCAGUUCUAACUUCAUGUUGGCAAAUGGUGGGUUUGCCAGAGUGGCUGAGUCUUCCAUCAACCACUGCAACAGUUGAAGUGCCUGUUUGCGAUCAUGAAGUGCAACAUUAAGAUGAAGCACAUUGCUCCCCAGCCUUUAAGUUGUAAUAAUGAGUGAAUAAGUGGAUUGAAGUCUGAUUUUGAAAAAUGUCUAUUCAUAGUCAAAACAUUUGACAAUUUAACCCUAGAAAUAUAACCAACUAUAAGCGUUAGAAUAUGCACUUAUAGCCUAAGUGAGUCUAGAACAACUAAAGUGUGUUUUGUCAAAAUUGCUUAAUAAUUAACUCCAUUAAUGUGGAUAAGUAUAAAGAUAAUAUAAUAUAGUGCUUGAGACAACUUUUGAUGGGAGUAUAAAUAAAUAUACACUACCUGCCAACAGUUUUAGAACACCUACAUUCAAGGGUUUUUCAAUAUUUUUACUAUUUUCUACAUUGUAGAAUAAUAGUGAAGACAUCAAAACUAUGAA